GUGAAGCCCAAAAGCCUUGACGAAAAAUGGAUUGUAUUGGUUCCAGUUGCAGAUGAACACAUUGAAGGCGACAUAAUCCUUUAUCAACAAGGAAAUGGUGUGCGAUUAAGGAUCUGCAGAAUGCUCACUGGAAGUACAAAUGUUAUUUAAUAAGAGCCGAAGUGUUUGCUGUGAGUAGGUGCGUUUAAAGUUUGGGGCACUCACAUGAGUUCUAAGGAGGCAGCCAAGAUGGGUGACGUCUUGGCAACUGAAGCCGAUCUCCUCGGGAUGAUUAAAGAGUACCUUAAGUUUGAGGAAUUUGAAGAGACUGUGCACAGUUUCGAAAAGGAGUGCAAAACUAAAGGCAAGCUCGUCUCAAAGCCUCAAGGAAGUACUCGCAGAGACUCAAAGACUCGUGUCAUUCAGAAAGACCUCCUUAGCUCUUUUGAUGAUGGAGAUCACAAGGUUUUCUUUGACCUGUGGACAGAGAAUAUUCCUUCUGAGGUAAAAGACACAGAUGCCGAGGCCCAGAGCCUGGAGUUCUACCUUCACAUCCAUUUCAGCAUUUACCCACUGAGGAGGCACCCUGGUAGACACGACAGAGCUGAGUUUGAGGAGAGGAUUUCCUACUUCAAACAGUACCUGGAGACUCGAGGAGCAGCACUGAGCCAGACCACAGAGUUUCUGCCUUACUAUGCCUUGCCUUUCGUUCCCAACCCCACUGUCCACCCCUCCUUCAAAGAUCUUUUCCAGGAUUCUUGGAUACCACAUUUGAAGGAUAACCUGGAGCAGUUUCUGUCAGUGACGCUGAAGCAGUCCAACAGUCCAAGACUGCUGAAUUUAUACAAGGAGGGUGGAAGGAGUACUAAAGAGGCCAUGCAGCAGUUACAGCUCCAGCUGGUUGAAUCAGACCGGCGCAUUGCCAGCUACGUCCGCAAGUUCAACAAGAUGCAAGCUGACUACCACAACCUGAUUGGAAUCACUGCUGAGCUGGUCGACUCUUUGGAGGCCACCGUCAGCGGAAAAAUGAUCUCCCCUGAGUACCUGCAGAGUGUGUGUGUUCGUCUGUUCAGCAGCCAGAUGAGGCAGAGCGUAGUGCAGAGCGCUGACUUCACCAGACCUGGCACUGGAUAUUACUCUAUGAGUCCUUAUGAUGAUGGCUAUGCCUCUUCGAUGCUACGAGCAUCCAUCGCACCACAGAGAUCUAAGGAGGUGCCAAUGCUGCCCUCACUCGACUAUGAGAAGCUAAAGAAAGAUCUGGUUGAAGGCUCAGAUAGACUCCGGUCCCUGCUGCUUCAGGCACUGCGCUGGAGACUGACUCGCUCACUCCCUGGUGAACAGAGAGACACCGUGCUUCAGGCCUAUAUCAGCAAUGAUCUGCUAGAACGCUACAGCACUAAACAGAAAACUGUGCUUCAUUUAAUGAGGUCGAAGAACGAGAUUGUCCGCCAAUACAUGGCUCGUCUCAUCAAUGCAUUUGCUUCCCUUGCAGAGGGUCGAGUUUACCUCUCCCAAAUACCCACUCUUCUGAAACUUCUGACAGAGGCACUCAAGAAGGAGGGAAAAGACUCUGUGACCAGAGAGAAUGUGCUAGUGGCCCUGCAGAAACUCAGCCUCAGGAGGAGCCAGCAGACGGCCAUGAUAGCAGACGAUCUAAUAGGCUGGCUGGUGGAUGAGCUGCAAGACUCCGACUCCCUGACUGACUACACUCUGGAGUAUUCUGCAGCUCUGCUUAUGAACCUGUGUCUGCGAAUGAAAGGAAAAAGGAAGUGUGCAGAGAACGCCAAGCAUGUACUAAAGGUUCUGACUGACCUCCUUGGACAUGAGAACCACGAGAUUCGACCAUAUGUGAAUGGAGCCCUGUACAGUAUCCUGUGUGUUCCCUCUGUGAGACAGGAGGCGAAAGAGAUGAGUGUGGAGGAGAUUCUUCGCUGCUACAGCAAAGAGGGGAACCCAGACCUCAACAGACAGAUCGAGUUCAUCAUUAAACAGCUGAACUCAGCUGAGGAAGAGGGACAAGAAUCAGACGAUGAAGAGGAAGAGGACGACAAUGAUGAAGAUUUAAUGGAGACAGACCUUGACAAAGAGGAAGUUCUCCAACUGCAGCCCAGGGAACUGUCUGGGGAGAGUCUGCUCACCACUGAGUACCUGGGAAUUAUGACCAACAUGGCAAAAGUGAAGAGGAAGUCUACCCCUCUGCCGCAACCAAGUGUUGAUGAGCCCCUACAACGGCCAGUCACACCGAGUUCUCAUCGUAAUGUCAAUGCAGUGGAUUAUCGAGCUGGCACUCAGGGAGGUGAGGUUAGCAGGGACAGGGAAUACCCUCUGAGCAGACAGAAAAGUGAGGAAGGAAGCCUGCCUCCUUCCCGAUACAACUCCAGACCUCCGACGCGCUCCGGCAGUCACCCCAGCACUGCUGACUCCCUGCGUCACAGCAUCGACUCAGAGUGUGGGCGGUUGUCCCAGGAGUCAGAGUUGGACGCGCCGUACGAAGGGCAAGCUACAAAAGCACUUUCCCGGGAGGAACACAAUGGACACUCUGCCAGCAGUGGUGAUUACAUCCCUGUAUUUGCAAGCCAGCCCAAAAUUCCCCGUACACCUGACACAGCAGCCACCCAGAACAGUGCUCACCAGGGUCGAGGCCUGGCUCUGGCGCCCCAGUUUUCCCAGUCGGAGCCACAGCGGAGCAGCAGGCCAGGCUCUGCCAGCUCCGCAGAAGGAGGGGGGCGCCAAAGUGGAAGCAGCCAGUCAAAGAGGAGGUGAAGAGGGAGCUGUCACCGUGGAGUAGCGCUAUCUCCCCGGGAGCAUCAGGCUUCCUGUAACAUCAUCCCCCUCAGGUUGUGAUCAGGGUCAGGGCAACAGAGAUGGUCGAGGAUCGGCAGCGAGAGGAGGGGCCGGAACAAUGUGAAUGAUUGUGGCUCUGCAUUUUCUUCCCCCCCCCUUCGGCUUUAGCACAGACUUCCUUCUGUAACGUAAUAUGAGGUCAGACAAUAAUCACAACCCCCAGCCGUGCAAUCCUCUGUGCCUCGUAGGCUUAGAUAACCCCUCAGUUUCUCCACUCUCUCAUCAAGGUGAUAGUUGGCACACUGAAAUACGUGCAACAUCCCAGAGAUGCCUCUUUUUGUUGAUAACUCCUCAAUAUUCUCACUUAUGUCUGGAUACAAGCUGAGGUGUUCAGACUUAAGCACAAUAUGGUUUUAGCUGUUUUUAAUGACAUGUAAAUGGGGAUUAAGAGUUUAGGAAACCUGAUAUGAUCAGGUAUGGAGACAGAAUGUUCGAUAAUCUUUCUGUGAUUAUCACCAAGUUUGAUUAAUGUAGUUUGAGGCACGGCAAUGAGUUUUUUUGUGUUUGGAUUGAUUGUACAGCUAUUUAAAAAAAAAAACAGAACAGUGACACAAAACCUCAUUUGUAAAGUUGUCAUCUUCAUUCUACAAGUCUAUAAUCUUCUGAAUUUCACGGCAUACUGUACAUAUUGAUUUUUGACCGUGGUGGAAAAUAUCCAUCCACAUGCAUAAAUAAUUGUACCAUCUUUACUUUACAAAUAUAAAACAUUAGCUCAUAUCAGAGUAGCUGCUCUUGUUUAACUUAUGCUCCAGAAAUGUUUACAAGGAUGACACAGGUCCUGACAUGACUUGUCAGGCUAGUGCAAGUUUUUAAAUUAUAUUAAAAACAGCAUAUUGUUAUUGAUAUGCAGUACACUACCACCUGAACAUCUGAAAAAAAACUUGAAAUUGUGUGAAUGUCUUAAAUCCAGCAAAUUGGCAUUGUACAUUUGAACUGUUCUCCAGAUGUUGUGAUGUGUUUUUAUGUUUACUACAUUUUUGUUGUAAUGCAUUUUGAUAUUAAUUGGUUUUGAAUCGUUGUAAGUGGUUUUAAAUAAAUGUGUGACAUGUCA